CGCGCUAAAUUCCUCGCGAUUAGAGCUUCCCGUGCACGUUCCUAUCUUACGUCCGUGAUGGCGGCUGUACCUGAUAUGUCGCACCUCACCCCCGAGGAGAGGAGCACCAUCGAGGAGGUUAUAAUAAGGCAGAAGCAGGAGGAGGAGAAGGAAAAUGAGAUUAUGAGACGGAAGCAGGAUGAGGUGAAGAUCCUCGAGGAAAGGAUACGUGCCUGCUCGGAGAAACACAAGAAGGCGGGAGUGGAGUUGCACGCCACGUGUCACAUAUGCCUGAAAACCAAGUUCGCCGACGGCGUCGGUCACAUCUGCAACUACUGCAGCAUCCGGUGCUGCGCACGCUGCGGCGGAAAGGUCACUUUACGGUCGACCAAGGUAAUAUGGGUGUGCAUCCUUUGCCGCAAGAAGCAAGAGUUGCUGUCGAAGACCGGGCAAUGGAUAACGAAGACGGGUCUGGCUGCCGGGGACAACGCGAUGGUGCGACGAAUGCAGGACAUGCAGGUGGGUGGUCCUCCGGGACUCGUGGACCAAACUCAGGAUAAAAGACCGAAACUCGAGAGAGCGCACAGCGCGGCCGAAAAGGAGAAUUUGCCAUUGUUACUAAGCAGCGGAAGUUUGCUCAGAAGGCAGUACUCUCAGCAAGAGCAAGGCCCAGGGCGUCGACUGCCGACGAGCGAUAGCGGAGUGGACAUGUCCGUUUCGCCUCACUCGAGAAGCCUUCCGACGCCCCACGUAGCUCCAUCCCAUCAGGCCCAACAACCGCCCAGGCAUCCGGACGCUUACGCGGAGGAUGACCCGAAUCUGUACAGAGGGGAGAUCGACGGUCUCAUGAAACAGCAGAACUACCAGCAGAGGCAACGGCCGAUCUACCCGGAUCAGAAUACGGAUCUCGCGAUGACAUAUCAGCCUAUGGUAGAAGCGGGCCCACCACGAAGCGCGGUACAUCCCCCUCAGCAACAUUCGGUGCAUCAGACGCAAAGCGCGCACACCCCGCAAUCGGUCGGGCAGGGUGGUGGUCUUCAGCCUCAGAGAAGCUUCAGCAGCAGCGAGGAGGAGCGAAGCACACCCGAGUGUGCGAGCGACGAGCCUGACGAAUCCGAGAAGGGGAAGGGGUACUACCACCAUACGGGAGGUCCGAUAUCAAUGUCCGGCGGUGGACGUAGGCACAACGGACCCCACAACGGGCACUACAACAUGGCCGCGAUGACCAUCGAAUAUAACGGUCAUCAUCCACCGCGAGAGCCGCGAAAAGAGGAGAACACUCUCGUGAGACGGAGCUUCCGAAGGAGUGGCGACGAGUGGCGCGCCGACAGUAGGAGGUUCACGGAGAGGAGGGGGAAAAAGACAGUACGAUUUGACGGUGGGACCAAUGUCGGCGGCCCUCAGGAGGAUUGGUCUUGGGAGGCCGAUCGGCAGGGUAGCCAAGACAGCGCGACCAAAGACUCCGGGAUAGACACCUCUAGCACGUUCACGAGCAGUGAGGACAGCAACAGGGGCGACCUGCCCAAGCAUCCCUGGCAAGUGAGCAGAGACGGCCAGAAGAUCAUUGGCCACAUGGUAUUGCGAAAGCAGUCCGGAUCCGGGAGCAGUAGUAGCAUACUCGGAUUGAAAGUGGUCGGCGGCAAACUGCUGGAGGAUGGCUCUAUGGGCGCCGUCAUCGAGAAGGUGAAGAAGGGUAGUACGGCCGACAUAGAAGGUCAACUCAGACCCGGUGACGAGGUGAUCAAGUGGAACGGCAGAUCCCUUCAGGGCAAGAGUUUCGGCGAGGUUUACGACAUCAUCGCCGAGUCGAGGCAGGAUCCCCAAGUGGAGCUGGUAGUCUCGCGGAAUAUAUCGUCGACCGCGGGCCCUAUGGCUACGGGGGGGCCUAUGACCGGGGGGCCGAUGGCGGUGAGGAAGACCGCGCAGACCCAGUGGAGGCAAAAGCAUCCGGAGACGAUAUCCGGGCCGCAGCAUCACAAAGAUUAUAUGAUUUUUCGUAUUCCAGGUCUUAAGAAAUGUAUUCUAUGGGAGUUAUACGACGCGAGGCGCGAGAAACCUUCGGUUUUAGUGACCUCGCCUGGCUCGCCGGAUUUCCACGCUCGGGGACACGCAAGACACCUGCGGCACGCGUCCAGCAACGCGAACGUCGGCGGCAAUCUCCAGGUGAAGCUGAGCUUCGAUCCCGUGGCGCUACGGUUGAUCGUCACGUUGAUCUGCGCGGCAGGGCUCACGCCAAGGAGCAACGGCCAACCCAGAAAUCCCUACGCCAAGAUCUUCCUUCUUCCGGACAAGAGCGAAAAGUCGAAGAGACGCACGAAAACGUUGGCUAACACGAACGACCCGAAGUGGAACCAGACGUUCGUCUACGAGGGUAUCAGGAGGGUGUCGGAGUUGAGGAAAAGGGCGCUCGAGAUCACUGUGUGGGAUUACGGGAAGUACGACACGAACGACUUCCUCGGCGAGGUGGUGCUCGAGCUCGGGGCGGCGCGCUUCGACGAGGAGGCCGAGUGGCAUCCCCUGACGGGGCAUAGCGAGCACCGGCAUAUUGGAUACUAUCAGGAGCCCGAUGACAUGGUGAUAACUCCGGUGGACUGCCAUCUCAGUCCACCGUCGACGACGUCGCGGCUCAGCGACUCUGACACUUCCGAAUGCGAUAUCACGGACUGCGACGGCUCCAGGGAGCAAAGGAGAACAGCUGACGGUGCCAGUAUAAGCAGUAUCGGCAGUUCCUCCAGGUUUCAUAAUAUGCCGUCAAAUUAUAAGCGCCACUAUUCUAGCCCCCCGCCGGAAAGGGAGCUCUGCAUGGACGGGGAGCAUCGAAGUCGAAGGGACAUGUCGCCGCAGGGGCGUAAACGGGCCCUUAUACGGGAUCAACCGGCGUCUAUUUCUGGUUACCAGACCUAUCGCAAGGACGAUAUUCAUCGAGGAAUGAUGAGCCACAGGUCGCACAGUGCAGCGCCCAUGGAUUCGCCGAGCCUUCGAUACCGAGGAAGGUCUCAAAGUCCCACCGGUCAUCGCUCUCUGUCCCCGCCCGAGCACAGAUCCAUCCCCUACUCGCACGGCUUCGUUCCACCCAGAUUCAGCUCGAGGUCGGCGACAGCCACUCCCACCGGUAGCCCGAAGAAAAGGCAGCUGCCUCUGAUCCCCUCCGCCCUGAAGGAAAGGGCUGCCCAGGAUCUCGAGGAGCGGGCCAGAUUCAUGAGACACCGAAGUAGGCAGGUGCACACGUACAGAAGCACGGGGAUGGGAGGUUGGGAAAGACAUUACAGCGGUCUGUCGGACUCGGAUCUGCUCUCGAUAGAUCACGAUCCGUUAUCGUUGCCGCACAGUCACGCUUAUCGAAUGCACAGACCGCGAAGGGGACACUUAAGUCCCGACAAAGACGUACUUGGAGAUCUCGGUGACUCAGAUAUGGAGAGUGUAGCCUCCGUGACGAGCAGUGCCUUCAGUACGCAAUCGGAACGACCACGUGGCUCUAGAGGACUAAUAAAGAUGCGUACGCCGUUCACGAGGUCGCAGACCGUCGACGAGAACAUGCUGAGAUAUUACAGCCCGGAGACCAGCGAGUACAGCGUCUCCGAGGGUUACAUGCUCAAGCCGGAGGAGCUUACGGGUAGCUCAAAGAAACGUAUACCGGAGAUAUACGUGGAGGAUUGCCUUCAGGUCGACUUCAACGACCGGCUCAUCGAGAAGUUUCGCGACAGAUACUCGUCGCCCUAUCAACUGGAGGCCGGUACCCGUAGACGGUCGCGUAGCUGGCAAGAUCGCGGUGGAAGAGGGGCGAAAUCUAGGCACCACUUGUUCUCGAGAGGGUUGCACGACGUUACGGACGAUCUCGGCAUUAGGAAUCUAGACGUUAGCUUGCGGCCGCGUAGAUCUUUUUUAUUCUCGAAGGCUAGGAGCUUCGACUACGACGUGCUCCACGACACCUACGCGGAUCGUUACGCCGGUUUCGGACUAGGAGCGGGGAUGCUCUCGCGUAGGGCCAAGAGUUUCGAGUACGACACGAUCUCGAGCAACAUAUUCAGCGACGACAGCCUGAGGACGGCCCGCCGCAAGUUGAAGAAGAACCUGGCCAUCAACGACGCAGGUUACGGCGACAAGAUACCGGCCCUCGGCGAUCAGAGCAAAUCGUACUUCGACUCGAACGGCGACGAGAAGAUGCCCAAGAUUCUACUCGAUCGCGAGAAGAAUUACGAUUACAUGUUGAAACAGGAUCACAAGCCGUUCUACGGCUACGAUUCCGAGUUCAGUUGCGGCGAGACCGAGAUAUACAUGCCGCGUUUCGACAAACAGGGGCUCGAAACAACGGGCGGAACGGUCUCCGUUAUCAAGCCUUAUCGUCCCUACGAACUAUCGGAGGAGAACUCGUUCAGCAGCGACGAUCAGACGAUCGGUUUCGUCGAGGAUCCGCUCCUCCUCGGUCGGGAGGAUCCCACGAAACGGAAGUACAGAGAGUCGACCGGGUUCCAAAUCGAUCACGAUCCCUCCACCUUCGCCAGAGACGUAUCGGAGAAACGUAGCAAGGGUUUGGACACCGAUAACGAGCACAUAUACUGCAGCAUAGACGAGGCGAGCGUGGACAAGUACCGCGGCCGAGACAGGAGCAGGAAGAAGAUCCCUCGUUCUUCCACGCGAGGAAUCGUCCCCGACUUCGAGCGCUACGAGGGCGAACGACGGCGGAGGACGGCGACGAUCGAGGCCUCUUCCCGAGGAAGAGCGAAAAGCAGCGAGUCGUAUUUGGAGAACGGUGGUUACGAUGGUUACGUCGAAUGGGACGUGGAGGGUUACGACGACGAAGGGUUCGUCGACAGAGGGAAUACGGACGAUUACGAGCAGCAGCAACAAGAGCAGCAGCAGCAGCAGCAGCAGCAACAACAACGACGACGACGGCGACGACGACGAAUGUACGAGGAUUACGAGGAUGAAAACGUCGCGAUCGAGAUGUACGAGGACGAUUAUUACGGCGGACGAGAGGAGAGAGGGGACGGUGGAAGAGGUAGACGCAAGAGGAGGCAGUACGCAGUGACGGACGGCGAGUACGCGACGGACGGCGAUUACCGCGACUAUCGUUCGGCGGAGGAGUACGAUUACGAAGCGCACAGCGGGCCUGAGUACGGGCGGGCGGACGCCGCGUAUCAGGAGAACACGUUCCCUCGCAGAAGAAGGAGGAGAAGCAGGCGAGAGGGCAGGGAGGCGAGCAGCACGGGGAUUUACGAGAACUUGGAAGCAGCGGCGUAUCGACGAAGGGACGAGGGGACGUUGCUCGCCGUUCCAACGUUCUCCGAGAGCAAGCGAAUGAUGCUGCAACGGGCCGAAUCGACGCCGAUCCUACGCUCGGACGAGGAGUUGAGCUCGUCGGAGAGGGCCGAGAGAGCGAGGCGUCUGUUGCACCGCCGGAAACGGAACGCGAGCUGCCCCGAGGCGAGGGAGCUCCGCUACUACGAUCCUCCGCGAAGAAAGGGCGGCGAGGAGGAGGAAGAGGAGGAAAGAAGGACGAACUUCAUCCUGGACUCGGACGAGGACUUCGGCUCGAUGGAGACGGUCGUGUGCGCCGAUUGUUUCCGCGAGAGGAGCGGCGGGGGCGGAGGGGCGAUGGUUCGGGGCGAGGGUAUCGGGCCGGUUUACAAGGACGUGGAACAGGUUACUCCGCGGGACGGUUACUCGAUGGAGUCGAGGUACGAUUACGAGAACGUGGUGGAGAGCCGCGGCGAGCAUUACGCGGGAUCGUACGGGGAAGCGCCGCCGCCGCCCUCUCGUGCGGGGCGGGGAGGGGUAUCGGAGUAUCGGGUUAGGCGUAAGACCAGCUGUCCGGAGUGUCGGGAGUUAGCGAUGUCGGGUUACUACGAGUUAGGUAGGUCGGGCUGGUUGGCGCGUAAGGUCGAGGAGAGGAGGCCGUCGAUAGAGUCGAGGCAUAGGUAUUAUCGUAGGCGGAAUAGCAGUUGCCCCGAGGCUAGGGAUCUCGAGCUGCUCGAGAAGAGGGAGGAGCAGGAACGGCAUGCCCAGCAGGCCCAGCGACACCCGAGUCAGCAACAGGCGCAGCAGCAGGGUAGUAAGAGGAACGUAGCGAUCAGCGACACCCUCGAGUACUACGAGUACUCGAUGGAGAGCGAGAGCCAGUGCAGCGAGAACUGCGGAUUUGGCCCGUGCGAUCCGCGUAGGCCCCGUAACCGAGCACCCCACCCCGGUAACGCUAAUUCAAGUCUCUUUGAUUCCCAAACCGCUACCUCCGACACUGCUAAAAACUACCACCCACGGGCCGUCGAUCACCACGAAACCUCACGAAACACGAAAUCGUCGCCGCGCGACAACUACGACGAUUCGACCGUGGCCACGCCCUCCUCAUCGUCGUCCAUCCGACGGCAUUCCCGGAAAAAAACCGUCGCCGACGACGCCUCCACCGCCGCCGUCAACCGACAACGCGACGACGGCCGGGAUCGCCGAUCCUCCUCCAUGCCCGAAAGCAGCGAGUACACCGGUCAGUCGGGCUCGUACGAGAAACCGUCCAGGAGCCAGCCACCCGAUAGCGAGCACGACGAUCGUAAAAGGGGUCAGUUCACCAGGAGUCUCAGUAACACGGACGCGCCACAGGACGAGAAAGUCGACGGUAGUUUGAGCGACACGGCGAUCGGUUUGAACGUGGAGGACUCCUCGAGAAGGGGUCGCAAGAGCUCGCCCGGGAGUAAAAGCGGAAGUGGGAGUAGCAGCGGUGGGGGAAGCGCGGUGCAGUAUCAGUCAGGUCUGGGGAAGAAGAGUAACAGCACCAGUCAACUGUCCGCUACAGACAGCGAGCGUUUAGCCCAUCGAGGAACGAGAUCUUUUGCAGGCUUCCUUGUGUGGGAUCAUCCAUAUCAUCGAAUCUCAAAGCUUAACCCGACAACACAGGUUGACGAAGUCUUUCUUUUUCUACGUGAAUGCAGUGUCGGCGGGGUCUUCGUCGGAAGUGGUGUCGCGGAGGCACGCGCCGGUUUAUCGAGCCGGAAACGCAACAGCACGCCGAGCAGCAUACAACGUUCCGAGGAGAUUGUACCAUAUCAGCGCUUUGAAUCCGGGAAACAGUCGGGAUCGGUGGCCAGUGACACAGCCGGAAGUCUCAACUCGAUCUCUAGUUCCGAAGGAAGCUCUUGGUCCCCCAGUCUGCGAAUGUCAGGCGAAACCGGCCAACUGAGAGAUUUCAUCGAAGAUCUUGGGCCUGGGCAAGUGGUCGGGAGGCAGGCACUCGGUGCACGCUGCCUUGGCGAGAUUCAGCUCUCGCUCUCUCAGAAGAAAGGCUUCCUCGAAGUGGAGGUCAUACGUGCCAAAGACCUUAAACCGAAACAGGGCACUAAAGCCAUUCCAGCUUCCUACGUGAAAGUUUAUUUGGUGAAUGGGAAGAAAUGCAUCGCGAAAGCGAAAACGACAGCAGCCAGGAAAACGUUGGAUCCAUUCUACCAACAGUCGUUAGCCUUCAGAGAAAAUUGCCGGGGUUGUAUACUGCAGGUGACAGUAUGGGGUGAUUACGGCCGAUUAGAAGGGAAAAAAGUGUUCAUGGGCAUUGCGCAGAUCGUGUUGGACGAACUGAACCUCAAUGAGAUGGUGUUCGGGUGGUAUAAGCUGUUUGGCAACAUAUCCCUGUGAAAGCAACCCAGAGAUACUCGAUAUGAGAUCGAUACGAAUUUCAACGCGGUGUGCUGUGAGAAAGGCGUGCCGAACGGUGGUGAUUCGAUGUUCGAUGUUCAAGUGAUACGGGGGAAACGAGAAACUUGUGAAGUGGUGAAAUUGUUUGAAUCUAAACCCGUUACGAACGGUGAUGUGACGCGUUAUAUUGUGAAACAUUUAACGAAAUUUUAAAUAAUAAUAAUAACAAUAUAUUAUCCGCGUAUUCGCGACAAGACAUUUCCAAUAUAUUUGUACAUAAUUUAGAACGCUCCGUGUGUUGAACGCCAAAGUGACGAUUUUCAGGACACAAAAUAUAUAUAUACAUAUAUAUGUAUAUAAAAAAGAAAAAAGACAGUCGUAGUACCAAACGAACAAUCAAAUGAACAAAUUAGAAAGAGGAGAAGGAAAAGAGAGAAAAGAAAGAAAAAAAGAAAGAAAGGAGGAGAAAUUAAUUUGGAACUCGUUGUCAAAGUUUUUAGCCAAGAGAUAUCAUCGUCAGAGCGUAUAUUAUUUAUUGUAAAUAAAUUAUAACAAUAUAUAUAUAUAUAUAUAUACAUAUAUAUAUGAAUUCGCGAUACGUAUGCGCGCAAGUGUUUAUUAAGAAAAUGAUGAACAAUUUGCCUUGACCGUCGCGUUUUCGUCAUCCCGUUCUCCUCGUGAUUUCAAGGAUCGCGGCGUACCGCAACGCGUAUCGAUUUUUACUAUCACGUUCGAGAAAAAAAAAGGAAAAAAAAAAAGAAAAUAAUAAUAGUAAUAAUAAUAAUAUUAAUAAUAAUAUUAAUAAUAAUAGUAAUAAUAAUAAUAAUAAUAAUAAUAAUAACAAUAAUGACAAAGCUCGAGACGAGACCGGGACUUUGAUUCGAGCUUUGUAUCGCGUUUGUAUCCGUCGAAAAUCGUCCGUGGAUUCGAACGUAUCGCGAGAGCGAACGGGAACGAGGCCGAGAAAUAUCGUGAAUUAGCGAAUUGUUGUUGAACGUUAAAGUAGCCCAUCUUCAACUAUUUUGCGAGAGAGUGAGUGAGAAUGAAUGACUGAGUGGGUGAGAGUGAAUGAGUGAAUGGACGAGUGAGUGAGAGAAAGUGUGAGAGGGAAAGAAAGAUUGAGAGCACGAGCGAGCGAGAGAGAAAAGUAAAAUGCUAACUAUAUCGACUGUCAUAUAUUGUGAUUAUGUUAGUUUUUAUUUAAUUGUCGAAUAACCUCACGAAUCGGAUGUUACGCGUAAGGGGACAACCGUACGUACCUUUUAGAAUAUUUUAUUCUCUUUAUCGACUUGCACUCGAUUUUCAAAGGAACGCUCGUUUUUUUAACAUUGAAUAUUUACUGAACGAACCGCCCACGUAAUUCUUGCAUAUAAAACGGACCCUCCGUGGAGUCGCGCCUCGUCCCCUGAAACGAGACACGGCCCGGAAACCGUCGAUCCAUGAAUUAACAUUACGCAUCACUGCUGACGAACCUCUCGGGAACGGAAGCGGAAACGGCGCCCGCCAUCGUCCACGAGGAACGAGGGGGGGCGCGAUUCGUGAAACUCACAAUCGAUUUUAUAUCUCUUUAAUUCUCAUGUUAUGUGUUCGAUCUUUGUCUGUGCAUUUGUCUGGUCACUUGUGAACACAAAAAUUCGAUGAGCAUGCACGUGUACGUAGAUAAUUAUCUAUAGCAUUAAACACUUGAUUAACGAAUGUAAUUUUCUUUUCGCUGAUUGUGCUUGCAAUAUGUGAAUUCUCUUUGCAAAAAUGGGGAUAGGAGGGAGGAAAGGAAAGGAGGGGGGAAAAAUUGUGGAUAAACUGGGAUAAAAGAAAAGAAGGAAUUUUAUUCGAAGUUGAUCGUAGAGAAAAAUUGGAAAUAAGAGGAACCACUCGAGUCGAAGAGAUUAAAAAGAAAUUUGCCGGUUUAAUUGCUUCGAACAAAUACGUUCUGCUUUUUCGAUUGCACGUAUACGCAUUUGUUGAGAAACACGGUUGUUGUCGUCCUUUUUCAUCACGAAAAUUAAGUUCGUUCCCUUACAUCGCUUCACUCCUCGUUUGUUGCUCUUUAAAAGGUACUCCUUGGAUAUUGAUCGACGUCACUGAAAUAGAGUCACCAUUUUUCUUUCGGAGAUACUGCAGAAUAGCUACUUAUGUAGGUACCACACGAGGGUCUAAAAUUUGCAACCGAAUCUAAUUUUUCGUAUAUCAAUCUAUACUUUUCCUCGGAACGUUUAAUAAGAAUUUUCCUGUAUUAAAAUUAGAACUUUAGAAAGUUUUUCUAUGUCAGUGACUUCAUUAUCGAUAUCUCAUCACGUAUUUUACGCUUAUAAAAUCCGGUGUCACGCUACUAUGCUUUAAAUUCUCGCGACAAGUCUAUCAUUUCCUUCUUGCAUUUGCACUCUAUCGUAUUACCCGCUAUUACCACGCGAAAUUUCAUAAAAUUCCAAAGAGAUAUAGUUUAAGCAAGUUCGAGCGAAACAAUGAUACGUAAUCACGAUGUGAGGCUUAAUUUCGAAAACAGAAUUGAGAUGAGAUGGAUAAAAAAAAAAAUAGUGAGAAACUCGAUUCUUUCGCGACAAAUUCUAUAGAUAGGCUGAACCAUCUGGUAACCGGGUAAUCGAUCGACCAUUAUUACGAGAAGGAUGUAUAAAAAAAGAAGCGAUAUCUUAUCAUACCUAUAACACGCUUGAUUUAGUGGACAGAACGUGCAGCAAGGGAAUAAAAAAAAAAAAUCGAAAAAAAGAAGCUUUUUUACUCGUGAACGAAGAAAAAAAAAAGCGAAUACAAACCAAACGUAGAGUUCUAUCAGACGACGUGUAACAUAAAUUAUCAAAUGAACAAACGAAGAAAAAAAAAUUACUAUUAAGACGAUUUCUAAGUAAAAAAACAUUUUGCAAGUGCAUGACUUAUAUUAGUAGACUCUUGGAACAAUGACUACGUAAUUAACCACACAACAAAAUAUAAAUUCUGUAUUAGUGAAUAACACUUGAUAAGGAGAAAAAAAAAAAUACAAGACUACGAAUAAUAUGUUCAGUUUGUAAUCCGCCGGUUACUUGCAGCUGUAAGAUCUUCGCGAAAUUUGUUCGAUUUCUAAUUUCUAAUUUCUUGCAAUUAUUUUCUUUUAUUUAUUAAUUUUCAUUUUGUAAUACGAUACGAAAAAAUUUAUUUUAACGAAAUUGAAAUAGUUUUAAAAUUUUCAAUUCUUUAAUUUUAGCAAUUUAUUAUAGUCAUGAUGAAAUUAUACAAAAAAAAUUUCGCGAAGGCUCUAUCGUUGCGGACUGUUAAUGCUUACGAUAUAAAAUACUGCAUAUCCUAUACAACGUAGGACUUUUAUAAUUUAUGGUAGCCGGUUUUAAGAAAUUUCGAAGGAAAAAAAAAAAGAAAGAAAAGAAUGGAAAGAGGAAACCGAGUUUACUUUUUCUACACUUGCAUUAUCAGGUAAUUUGGAGAAUUAAAAACAUCGAUAAAUUCUCGUAGAAAAUUUCGUUAGAAAUUUCGAAAAGAAUUGUAAAACAGGUAUUAAAAAUGAAAACAAGCAGGCUGGAUUUGAAAAAAAUGAUAGAUAUCACUGUUUUUAAUUUCGUAUGAUUUAAUCUAAUUUAAUUCCUUGACUGUCUUCGCAGUAACUGUUAUUUAAUAUUUAUAUUAAUUUUUAUUUUUUAAGAAUAUUCCACUAAAUAAAUUAUCUUUAAAAAUUUUUAAACUUAACCUCAAAUAAAAAAAGUAAGAAACGCAUAAUUUUAUUUUAUUAUUAAUUUCACAUUCUUAAAAAUAGCUGAAAAGUUUUUAAGCGUAGAAAUAACGCGAAGAGAGUCAAGAUAGAACUUGUUAAUUUUCACACUCUUGCCAUGCCCAUUUGUACAUAGGCAUGCUCAAUCUUAGGAUCGAACACGCAUCGUGAAUCACAUAUAUAUUAUAUAUACACAUAUACAUACAAAUAGUAUUAAUUACGAAAACGAACAAAUUAAUAUCCAACUUUGUACCUAUAUACUUACAAUGAACUUAAACGAAAACGAAAAGAAGAUUGAAAGGAGACAAAAAAAAGAUGAAAUCUUUCGAACAAAUAUAAUCGAAUCGGACAAAACAAUGGCUGAAACGAGAUAGAAAGGGGGCGUAAUAGUGAAAAUAUAAAAGAAAUAAAUUAAUCGCAAAGAGAGAAAGAACGAGUAAAUAAUACAAUUUACACGGAAUGCAGAAAAUUUGAGAGCCAAGGGGUACCACUUUUGUCAAAUUUAGAGAGACAAUUUAGGUUUACGAUUACGAUAUAGGGUGUGCGAGAAAGAACGAGUGUGAAAACAGAAAAAGAGAGCGAGAGAGAUAGAUGAAAGGAAAAACGAUAAAAACGAAGGGACAUUGUCAACGAUUUCUUUACACAAUGAAAUUCAUUACUUACUUAAAAAUUUCGUAGAGAUGAUCCAGCGUAGUAUUAUAGGUGUUCCUGUAAUCGCGUCGAACGAUUAAUACGAUCAAUAAUGUGCUUCGAAUUCGUUGCUUUUGUUAAUGGAUUUCGACAAGUCACGCACAAACAAACACUGCACCAUAAGAUCAUUUCGACGGAACUAAGGAAUCUCAAAAAGACUUUUUCCAAUUCGUCAAUGCCCGAUCACGUGACUUUCUAAUACUGUUGAUUCCCAUAGUUUCCCGCGCGGGUCGCUCGCGACGGAAUCGAUGCACGUAUCGAUCGUAAGAUCACGCGGUUCUGAUUCUCGAAUAUCAAUGAGGCAACUUCGCACCGUUCGAAACAUGCGUCAACCGCUUGAACGGUUUUCUAAUUUAUCUGUGUGACAUACGUCCGGAUAUAUUUCGAAAAGGAACACGGAGGAGUACGGGCGAGAAAGCAAGGAAGAGAGAAAGGAAGAGAGCGUGGGAUAUCACGAAAGAAGGUGCGUCAUUUUCGUUAAAAAGAGAGAGAGAGAAAAAAAAUUAAGAAAUACAAAGGCGAAAGAAUUUAAACAAUACGAUUAGAUAAAAGUUCCGUGGGAAUAAAAAGAACUCGGCCGAGAACUCCUCCGACAAUUUCUUUUUCUUUCGUUUUCGUAGAAAUGUCGUAGGAUCGAUACAGAAUCGGCAGAUCCUUGACACGAAACCGUUUUCAAUCGUAGUUCUGUAUAUAUCUCAAUGGUUCGGCUAGCUGGUAAAAAAUUCGAAAUGCAGUACUGCUACGAUACGAGGAGUUCAUGGCGGGAUCUAUACGCGGAAUGAUUAAAUAUAAAGCGUUAGUGACUGUAUCCAGUAUAAUAUAUCUGAUAAAAGAUACCCCUGAUGCCAGAUAUGGCGUGUGACAAUAAAGUGAUUCAAUGAUCUCGUCGCAUUUCAAUCGCAGCCACCUUUCACGAUACACAGGCACACACUUAUAUAUAUACAUAUACACACACAAAACACGUGCAUAUAGACAUGUAUAUUUUAACGCAAAACGAGAACAUUUUUUUUGUAAAGUACGAGACGACACCGCCGGAAUUCAACGAUCACGAUGUGUAAAAGAAAGUAUCUCAUCGUUUUCCGAUUACUCGUUACUCCGCUGUUAAUUGAUAAUGUCAGUAAUAUUUUUAACAAAAUAAAGCUACCUUAUUCAAA